AUGGACAACUCACCCACUGCCCUGUUUGAGAGUUACGACGAGGACUUCAAGGCACUCUUGGCGAGCCUAAAGGGGAAGCUCGAGGGGGAUGUCAAGCAGCUCAAGGGUGAACAGCGGAAAGCCGCAUUGAAGAAGGUCUCGGAGGAGCUGGAUGAGGCCGAGGAAAUCAUCGCUCAGAUGGAGGUAGAGCUCCCCUCUAUGCCAGUCUCCAUCCGUCAGACUUUCCAACAACGCCUGACUACCUCCCGUUCCGCUCUCGAACGAGUGAAGAAGUCACUCCGCGAUAUCCGAGCCGAAACCUCCCGCGCCGAACUCCUCGGGUCCGGCGCCUCCCCAGCAGACGAUCCAUACUCUGACGAACCUUCCGGCUACUCUACCCGGACACGCCUUCUUGCCGGGUCGGAACAGCUGCAGGAUGGGUCGCGCAGGCUGGAUAAUGCGCAGCGGAUCGCGCUGGAGACGGAAGAUCUGGGAGCGGGGAUCUUGAGGGAUCUAAGGGGACAAAGGGAGCAGAUUGAGCAUACGCGGGAUACGCUGACACAAGCGGACAGUUCGAUUGAUCGAGCAUCGGGAACACUAAAGAAGAUGAUCUUCAAGAUGUACCAACAAAAGUUCAUCUCAGGUGCCAUCAUCGCCGUACUCGUCAUUCUGAUCUGUAUCGUCCUCUACUCGAAGAUCAUCGGAUAA